GCACUUAACCCAGUUAACGGAUUCGUAAACAUGAUCAAACGAAAUUCCCAACUACUUCCAAUUUAUCGUUAUGUACUUCGACAAGAUCUUUUUGAUGUCCGAACAUCACCUAAUUCUAAACUUUUAGAUCGUCUCGUUAAUCAAGGUCUUCGAUUUUAUCCUUUUCCGAAAAAUCAACUCUGUGACAGUGCAUUAUGUCAUCGUGCAUCAUUAUGUUAUGGAACCUUAUAUCAACACGAAAAUUUAAAUCAAAAAAUUCAUGAUCAUCAAGAUGAAUUUUUUGGAACAGUUAAUCUAACUACAAUGGAUCAUAUGAUGAAGAUUACGUCGGCUCAAAAGCUUGUAACUUAUAAAAAACAAAGUAACUACGUUACUGAAGAGAAUAUAAAGAAAAACUUGAACAUUCCUAUCCUCAUGAUCCAUGGUGACAAGAAUGUUGUCUUUGAUGUAAAAUCAACAAGAAAAUCUUAUAACACUUUGAGAGAUCACGGAAAUAAUCCUGACUUAUACACGCCGCCACGUGUAAUAGAAGGUUAUGGACAUUUAGAUUGUUGGUGGGGAACUAAGGCUGACAAGGAUGUAUUUCCUAUUGUAUUAGAUCAUCUUGAAAAAACAAAAGAUACUUAUGGAUAUGAAUUGAAAGUGAGUAGUGAUAGUCAAGGGUCUCAUAAACUUGGAAAUGGUGAUAGUGAUGGUCUUAAAUGGUG